CCCGCCCGCCAGCCCGCUCGCCGCCGCUGCCAUGGCUCUCCUGCACACCCGCCGGCUCCUCGCCGCCCCGCGCCUCGCCGCCGCCCGCGCCAGCUCAUGGUGGUCCCAUGUGGAGAUGGGUCCCCCCGACCCCAUCCUGGGGGUGACAGAAGCUUUCAAGCGCGACACCAACUCCAAGAAGAUGAACCUGGGUGUAGGGGCGUACCGGGAUGACAACGGGAAGCCGUACGUCCUGAGCUGUGUUCGCAAGGCGGAGGCCAUGAUAGCAUCCAAGAAGAUGGACAAGGAGUACUUGCCCAUUGCGGGGCUAGCGGAUUUCACCCGGGCAUCCGCAGAACUGGCUCUGGGUGAAAACAGUGAGGCUUUCAAGAGCGGCCGGUAUGUCACUGUGCAGGGUAUUUCUGGGACUGGAUCUCUGCGAAUUGGAGCCAACUUUUUGCAACGGUUCUUCAAGUCUAGCCGUGAUGUGUAUCUACCCAAACCGUCCUGGGGCAAUCACACACCCAUUUUCCGUGAUGCUGGCCUGCAGCUUCAGGCUUACCGCUACUACGACCCCAAGACGUGCAGCCUUGACUUCUCUGGAGCCAUGGAAGACAUUUCCAAAAUUCCAGAGAAGAGCAUCAUCCUCUUGCAUGCUUGUGCUCACAACCCCACUGGGGUGGAUCCCCGGCAGGAGCAAUGGAAGGAGUUGGCGGCUGCGGUGAAGAAACGAAACCUCCUCGUGUACUUCGACAUGGCCUACCAGGGCUUUGCCAGCGGGGACAUCAACCGGGAUGCCUGGGCUGUGCGGCAUUUCAUCGAGCAGGGCAUCAACGUCGUCUUGUCACAGUCCUACGCCAAGAACAUGGGGCUGUACGGGGAGCGUGCGGGUGCCUUCACGGUGAUCUGCAGUGACGCAGAGGAAGCCAAGAGGGUCGAGUCACAGCUGAAGAUCCUCAUCCGCCCUAUGUACUCCAACCCACCCCUGAACGGAGCCCGCAUCGCCUCUAUCAUCCUGAACACCCCUGACCUACGGAAGGAGUGGCUCGUGGAGGUGAAGGGCAUGGCCGACCGGAUCAUCAGCAUGCGGACUCAGCUGGUGUCCAACCUCAAGCAAGAGGGAUCCUCCCACAACUGGCAGCACAUCACUGACCAGAUCGGCAUGUUCUGCUUCACGGGGCUGAAGCCUGAGCAGGUGGAGCGGCUGAUCAAGGAGUUCUCCAUCUAUAUGACAAAGGACGGACGAAUCUCUGUGGCGGGAGUUACGUCGGGCAAUGUAGGUUACCUGGCUCAUGCCAUCCAUCAAGUCACAAAGUAAAGACAAAGGUGUGCCCUGGAGGUGGUGGCUUUCCCUUCCCCACCGGUCGAAGAUGGGGAGGGAAAGGAAACAAGCAGAAUACUUCCAACCACAGCACUUGAUGCCGCUGCUGAAUGUAUCUUGUAGAUGAGUUGAUGUAGAAGCCUAGUCAAAACUGCCCUGCGUUGUGGAGCAGGGACAUCAUUGCUGGCUCCCGCUCGUCACAGCCGUUCUCCCCUGCUGUCCAUCCUUUGUCCGUCAGCCCCAGCACCCAUCUGCGCUGGAGGAAGCAAAUGCUUUAGCGCUGCCAUCCUACCGGCGUAGGCACCAAAGGCUUCCCCACGUUCGUUUCUCCAUGAGGCGGCUUUGUGAGGCUGUUGGCCGCUGGCCCAAGCGGCAGCGGGUGGGUAGCUGGGUGGGCUGAGUGGGAGGGCGGCUUAGGUGUGCCCCUGCCACCUCCUCGGCCAGUCCCUGCUGCCAGCAGGCUCUGUCCUCCUCCAGCCUCCUAGCCUGGGACUGGGCAGCGCCAAAGCUGCCCUCCGACAACCAGCUCGGUGGACUUCUCGCUACUAAAAUCUGCUCCGUGGUUGGCUUUGCUCCUUCCAUCUGGGAAUCUCCUUUCAGGUGUAAUUCACAGUGGCAUUGGUGUGUGGGGCGGACCAGUAUCCCUCCUCUAAACCUGCCUGGUUCUCCUGACUUCACUCCAGUGCCCUGAGGUGAAACAAUUUCUCACUGCCCCAAUAAGAACCUCCUCUGAAAACUGCUCUCUGUUGGUCUCUGCCUCUCCCCGUUCCUGUACCAACCCCAGCAGCCCUCCCUGCAAAGCCGAGUCUUUGCGUGUGUCCCAAAGGUGUGAGCCAAGAGGUGGGCCACGCUCUGUCCACCCUCACGUGGGGGUCUGGGGUGUCCCUCAUCUGCUCUGUUCAGCCAAAUUUCUGGUGACACCAGCAAACAGGAGGGAAAGAUCCCGAGGGAAUUCUGAGAGCUGAUGACUCAAAAAACAUUAUGUCCUUCUAAACUGAGUGUCCCUGAGGCCCUGUGACUCACUGGACUCUUGAUUUUUAAUCCGAAUAAACUGGCGCAUGGCUGUGUCGAGCUGGGGACUUCCUCGUGUCAUCGCACAGCUGGAUCCUGUCCCUUCCAUGCACCAAACGUUCCCUCUCGGGGACAUGCCGGCACGGGGGAUCUGGUAUGGCCAGUGAAACCCUAAUCUCCCGAGAAUCCCAUGUAGAGAGAGGGCAGUUCCCACCCGUGUGCUACAAGAGCACCGGGGGGGUGAGAGCUGAGGCUGCCCCAGGCAGAAGUCGGUGUCACAGAGCUGAAAUUGAAGCCUAUGGAGUUGAACGCAGGUGUCACUGGGGAGAGCACGAGUUCCCAAAGGCCAUCUACCCUGUGCCCGGCCACCGGAGCCUGACGGCGUUUCUCCUUGUAGCAGGCAAAGGUGCCUCCCUAGGCGGAUGCGGAGGGGUUACCUCUGAGUCUGCGUGAGCUUUCUCCAUCCACUGGCGCCUUUGCAGCCAUACCAGGGCAUGUAGCAGAGCAGUCCUUGUUUCUCAUUCCUUCCCAGAGCAGCCACGUUCUCCGGGGAGCCAGGACGGGCCUGGCUAGUGCACGCUGUCACUGUGCCCUGUGCUGGCAGAGGAAGAGCUGCUUGCGCAGGCCGAGGAGAGCUGGAGCUUCCCGUUGCUCCCCGACGGACGGCUUGCACUUUAACGGUGACGAUAGUUUACAUGGCCCGGUGCCCGCAGCUGCUGCUUGCUCCCAUUUGUGCAAUAAGCCGCUUUCCCUGCUGCAACCGCCGCCAUGGGUGCAGCCCCACGGCGCUGUGGGUUCUCGUGCUGUGGUCCUUGGUUCUGCGUGGCUCCGCAGCUGCCUCCUCCUGCCUCUCCUGGUUGCAGAGAGCCUUUUUACUUUGCGUUAGGCUUUUCUGCUGCCCGUUCUCUGUUAAAAUAAAAGUAGAGCUGGAGCACA